UAUAUCACGAUGGUUGUGUCGGCCCUGGUUGUCUGCAUUGCCUAUGGCUCUUCUAUUGUCACUGGGGGCCUGGGCUUGAUCGAAGAAAAAUAUCACGUCUCUCUGGAAGUGGCUACCCUGACGUGUUCCAUCAUGGUUUGCGGGUUUGCUGUGGGCCCACUACUGUGGUCUCCUUUAUCGGAGAUAAUAGGUCGACAACCGGUAUACAUUAUCUCGCUGGCGCUAUAUACCAUAUUCCAGAUCCCAUGCGCCCUGUCGCCAAAUAUCGGUGGCCUCCUUGCCUGCAGGUUUCUGUGCGGCGUCUUCUCCAGUUCUGGUCUUUCCCUGGCUGGUGGUACCAUCGCAGAUAUCUGGAACAUUGAAGAACGCGGUAUGGCCAUUGCCUACUUUGCUGCCGCACCGUAUUGUGGCCCCGUUAUUGGCCCCAUAGUCUGCGGUUGGAUCAAUGUCGGCUCACAUCGGCUCGAUCUCUUCUUCUGGACCAACAUGGCUUUUGCAGGAGCAAUGACGAUUAUCGUCGGGCUCAUUCCAGAGACAUAUGCGCCGGUAAUCCUCAAGCGCCGUGCAAAGAACCUUCGCCAGGAAACCGGCAACUUGAAUAUCAUCACAGAGCAGGAGCAAGCCAAGCCGAGUUUCCGCGACAUCGUCCGGAUCAGUCUCAUCCGACCCAUUACAAUGAUUUUAACUGAACCUGUGCUAGAUUUGAUGUGCAUGUACAUCGUCCUCAUCUACGCCUAUCUUUAUGCUUACUUUUUCGCCUACCCCGUCGUUUUUGGCAAACUGUACGGGUACAAUGAUGGCCAGAUCGGCCUCAUGUUCAUUCCUAUAUUAAUUGGCGCGGGCUUCUCGCUACUCAUUACGCCCAUGAUCGAGAAGCGUUUCAAGCAAGUGUGUCGAACGCGGGCGCCCACACCCGAAGAUCGUCUUGUUGGUGCCCUACUCGGUGCACCAUUCAUCCCCAUUGCGAUGUUUAUUCUCGGCGCGACGUCGUUCAAGCAUAUCAUCUGGGUUGGUCCAGCGUCAUCUGGCAUCGCUUUUGGAUUCGGAAUGGUGCUGUGUUACUACUCAGUGAAUAAUUAUAUCAUCGACUCGUAUCAGAAGUACGCGGCGUCGGCGCUGGCCGCGAAGGUGUUUUUGCGGUCAGGUGGCGGAGCUGCGUUUCCGCUGUUCACAACCCAGAUGUAUGACCGGCUGGGGUUGCAAUGGGCGUCAUGGCUAUUGGCCUUUAUUGGAGUAGCGAUGGUGCUUGUUCCAUAUGGGUUUUAUUGGUUUGGGGAAAGAAUUAGAGCCAAGCUGUCUCACACAUGAGCUCAGAUUUCAAAACACAGUUGCAACUGAGCUGGAAAUCCUUGGUAUGGAGACCUCCGUAGAAUUGGAUAGAAGGACCAAUCAUUACAAUCUAAUAUAGAGUGUCC